AUGGAUGAUGUUACCGAACUACGUAGACCAGGUGGUGCUCUCCAUGAAAGCGGACUCGCCAAUUCCGACCUCCGCGGUUUUUGCUCAAGCUCCGCAGCAACUCCAACUCCAAUUCCUCCCCCAGUCUUUGCGCACACCCAAACCACCGCUGUGGCCCACGACAUUACGCCCACAAUGUCGAGAUCCACGACUUCUCUAAAACAAUGGCUGCACCUGCGGCAAACAUUGUCCGCGCAAAUACCCUCAACGAUCAGCCCACGUGCGCGCAAUCUCGCCCUCUCCGCUAAUGCGUCCCGAUCAACAACGAGCAGUAGUGACACGGUUAUGUUGACACGCUCGCUUCACAGCACCCGGUAUCGACAGGCUGCUUCCCCGAGACCUCGCCAAGCACCGGGCACCAGGGACAGACAGAGGCAAGCAGAGCGGCAGGGACAAUUGGAGCAGAGAAUCGGCUACAAAGGAGAACUUUUUAUGAAGUCGAGUGUGCAAAACCGGACGAAGAAGAGCAUGGGCGAAUGUCUGGAAUUGCAUGAGAAGAUUGCAGGGGUGAUUUACGAUGCUGCCAUCGUGGACGGCCAGCUGCCGAAGGAAAUCAGCUUCAAGACGUAUAAGGAUAUCGGAGCGAAGUUGAUCAUGGCUGCAUAUGAGAAUGAGGUUUCUGCGGCUGCUAUUCGAGCUAUUUCAGUUGAUGUUGACGCCGUCUUCCGUAUCGGCUACAUCGUCGCUCUACCACUCGAAGAACCCGGGAUCGCAGAAUGGAUCCUUUCCUCCUGCGCCAGAGCCAAAGCACGCAUCGCACUAGUCCUCGUGGUGAACCGAGCCAUCCACAGAGAUAAAACGGUACCAGCCCGCACGCAGUGGACAGACGACAUCGAGGAGCUAGCAAAGACAGAAUACCCGCCCGCAAUGCUCCUGCACGCGCAGAUCCAAGGCCGGCGCGGCAAAUACGACUCUGCCUUCCGACAAUUCGAGAAUAGGAUCCUCCCCCGUCUUUCGCCGACCCGCAAGUCACCGAACACAUUCUCCAGCAUCCAAAUAGGAAAGGAACUGGAUUCGCCGUACCGGACAUAUGCGCUGCUCCGCGCCGCGCACGAUCAGCAGUUCGAUUCACCGGAGAGUCGGCAGAAAGCGGACGAAGCGAUUCGGAUCGCGGCGGUGGAAUUUGGCGAUCCGGAGGCUUUGACUGAGUAUGCGUCUGUCAUGAUGAAUGAGGGUAAUCUGGAUAUGUACGAGGAAUGCAUGUGCAAAGCUGCAACAGGAGGCCAUGGAAAGGCCUCGUUCUACCUUGGAAAUUUCUACUACUUGACUUUUCUCGGCAAAUACAAGACUCGCGGGGAGCGCGAUUCUAAUCAGAAUAGGUGGCCGCCGGCGUGGGUAGCGCGGCUGACGGGCUUUCAUGACCCUGCGAAGUCUUCUUCGAUUCUGAACAAGUCGAUGACAUAUGUUGCCUCUUUCCUGAAUCGUUCCAUGCCGCAAAAGGCGUAUCAUCAGCUCGCUUCGGAUUGGUAUGAAGUUGCUGUGGCUCAGGGUCACCCAUCUGCUUGUUUUAUGAUGGCGCUUCUUAAGCGUGAGGUUGCUCAGUCGGAGGCGGAGUUGGAGGAUGCGGGUAUUUUCUUUGAGUUGGCUAGGUCGAUUCAGGAUCUGGAGUUGAAGAAGACUAUAGCCGAGUUGGAGAAGAACUGGUUUAAUCGCGAUUUUGAGCCUACUUUGCCGAUGAAGUUCAUGGCUGUACGAUAG